GAGCGCCCCCCGCCCCAGGCUGCCCCGUGGCAGGGGAAGCGCCAGGCCGCCUGGGGCGGAGCGGGGGAGCUCGGUCUGGGUGGGGGAGAUGCCCCUAUGUGUGAAAUGGCCGUUCCCCGCGGUGCCGCCGUUCACCUGGACCCUGGCCAGCAGCGUCGUCAUGGGCCUGGUGGGCACCUACAGCUGCUUCUGGACCAAGUACAUGAACCACCUCACCGUCCACAACAAGGAGGUGCUGUACGAGCUCAUCGAGAACCGAGGCCCAGCCACGCCCCUCAUCACUGUUUCCAAUCACCAGUCCUGCAUGGAUGACCCUCAUCUCUGGGGGAUCCUGAAACUCCGCCACAUCUGGAACCUGAAGUUGAUGCGUUGGACCCCCGCGGCUGCAGACAUCUGCUUCACCAGAGAACUACACUCCCGCUUCUUCAGCUUGGGCAAGUGUGUGCCUGUGUGCCGAGAGAUAGAGCAUCUGAAGCAGGCUCCACACCAGCAGCGUGGAAUUCUUAGUACGUGUGGUCACAUGAAGGGGUCAGCAGAAGAGAGGGAUGGCGGAGACGGUGUCUACCAGAAGGGAAUGGACUUCAUUUUGGAGAAGCUCAACCAUGGGGACUGGGUGCACAUCUUCCCGGAAGGGAAAGUGAACAUGAGCUCUGAGUUCCUACGCUUUAAGUGGGGAAUCGGACGUCUGAUUGCCGAGUGUCAUCUCAACCCUGUCAUCCUGCCACUGUGGCAUGUCGGAAUGAAUGAUGUCCUUCCUAACAGCCCGCCCUACUUCCCCCGCUUUGGACAGAAAAUCACCGUGCUGAUUGGGAAGCCCUUCAGCGCCAUGCCUGUACUUGAACGGCUCCGGGCAGAGAACAAGUCGGCCGUGGAGAUGCGCAAAGCUCUGACGGACUUCAUCCAGGAAGAAUUCCAGCGCCUGAAGGUCCAGGCGGAGCAGCUGCACGGCCACCUGCAGCCCGGGAGAUAG